AUGUUCUCCUCCGCUGGAUUCCAUCAGAAAAACGGCAACAAAAUACAGGUUAGAAUACAAUCGCUAAUGCAACAUACUGUAGAACGAAUAGUGAAAUCAUUGAAACACGAAAUCAAUCAAUAUAUGGAUGAAAAUAACCAGGACUUCGUCGAAAUGGUCCUUUUAAGUAGUUGGGGUAUGGACGGAUCUACGGGAUUCUCGCAAUACCAUCAAUCAUUCCCAGCCGAACACGAACAGAUCGCGCUGAAAAAGAAAGCCGAAGCAGCUGAAAAGGUGCUGAAAGAUGCGGCGGAGCAUACAGCAGUUGAGACACAGCAGGCACCCAAAAGUCCCCGAACCACUCGCACGGAAAAACGAGGAAGGGAUUCGCCUGGAGAGCAGGAAGGCACGAAAAAGCAACGGAACGUGCAAGACUUUGCCAGCGUUCUGAAGGAACGUGUCAAGGAUGGUGAGUGGCAGACCGUGGAAAACCAGCGGGAGAAGAGGAAGCAGCAGAAGGAGAAUGUGGAAAAGAGGAAGGAACAGAAGAAACAAGAAAAACGUCGUUCUCCUCGGGAGAGAGUUAAAGGUGAUGCCCUGAUCGUAGAAGCGAGCGAUAAAACGUCGUACGCAGCGAUCCUGAAGAAAGUGAGAGAGGACCCGGAGCUAAAAGACUUGGAAUCAGAUGCAGGAGCAGCGAACCCGUUCGCCACUAGUGGGUUGGUGAGAUCACCGCCACCAGUGACAGUAGUGCUACAGCAACAACAGCAGCAACGGCCAGGGCAGAGUGAGUUAAACAAGCCCUCACAAAAGCCGAAAAUAGUGGCAGCGAAGAAAUUGGUAGAAGAGCUUCACACUUUCGUGGAUGGGAGGAACAACGUCCAUAAGGAGAUUAAGGACAUGGUUCACAUGGCCGACGGAGCGGAGUGCGCAUUAGCGCUGACUAAGGCUCCUACUGUCUUAGCUCCGCCAGAACAUGGCCAUAUCGGCACAGUUCCGUUGUACUCCAAAAAGCAAGGGAAAGAGAAACUGGCUGGAGUGGGGAGUACAUCAGCCUCCAUGACUCCCAAAAGGGCCAGAACCUCGCCUGGAGACGGGAGGCCAGGCGGACUCAAGCGGCAAACGCGGGAGGACGCAGUCGAAGGAACAGACGCUACUUCACAGGGAGAAGGGUGGAGUACCGUAGUAGGCCAGAAGGAGAAAAGAAAUAGACAGUUGAAGCGAAAAGAGGCGAGAAAAAUGGAGCAGUACAAGAAAGGAAAGCCUCCGUUGCGUCAGAAACCGUCUAAGGGACAAGCCGUACUUGUCAAGGCCAAAGACGCUACGACGUAUGCAGCGCUCCUGAAGAAGGUUAGAGAGGAUCCGGAGCUGAGGGACUUAGGCGAGAACGUAGUAAGGACCAGGCGCACUCAAACCGGAGAGAUGCUCUUCGAGCUAAAGAAGGACCCUACGGUUGAUAGCUCGGUUAUGCAAGAGCGUAUUGCAAAAUCGCUGGGCGCAGAGGCGGAAGUUAAAUCCCUGACUCCAGAGAUGGUAAUAAUGUGCAGGGAUCUAGAUGAGAUCACGUCGGAUGAGGAGCUCAAGGAUGCACUAAAGUCACAGUGUAAUCUGGGUGAGGUGCAAAUGACUAUCCGAAUAAGGAAAGCAUACGGAGGCACACAAACAGCGAUGAUUCGUCUGCCAGUAACCGCUGCUAAAAAAGUUCUGGAGGUAGGCAAACUGACUGUUGGAUGGUCAAAAUGCCCAUUGAAAGCCGCCCCGCCAGUGAACAAACAAAUGGAGAGAUGCUUCAAAUGUUUGGGCUAUGGACACCGGGGAGGAGCUUGCAAAGGUCCGGACAGAUCCAACAAGUGUUGGAAAUGCGGAGAAACAGGUCAUUUUGCGAAAGACUGCACGCAAAGACCCAAGUGCAUGCUUUGCACACCAGAGGACGGAAAUGACCAUCAGACGGGUGGCUACAAAUGCCCUGUAUAUCAGAAGGCGAUCGCAGGUCAUCAGUAG